GAGGAGGGGAGUGGAGAGCGCUUGUUUGCUGCGUGCAUGCUGUAGGGUGGAACGGGGAUGGUGCAAGCGGCCAGGAGUCCACAGCCUCCCAGUCCUGCAGGAGGAAAUCAGGGUUCUGCAACUAGAAGCAUCAAGAGCAUGUGGGCUGCACUAGUGCUGGGGAUCCUCACCGCGAUCUUCGCCUGGCUCUGGUUUGGCAGAGUAGAGGAGGAAAAGCGCUCCGAUGGCCCUGAAAAGCAGCAAACACCUGUUGGAGAGGAAGAGCAGAGAGAGACUGCAGAGGAGACAUGUGCAUGCAGCAAUGUGGAUCCCCACCCUAAAGGUGUGGAGCUGGAGGAACCCACUCCACAACCCACGGUGGAGUCUCAGCCUAAAGGUGCAAAGAUCAGUGCGGAGGAACCCAACAUACGUCUGACUGUGGAGCCUCAGCAAAAGGGUUCAGAAAGUAGACCAGACAAACCAAGCACACAGCCCAUUGCAGACCAUCAGGAGGAUGGUAAGUGUAACGGGCUGGGAGAACCAGGUACACUCGCACACCCCGAGCUUCAGCUGGAGGAACCCAUUGUAACUCAAAGUUUGGAAGCUCCUGAGGAGGGGCGUGUGGAGGAACCAAGCGGACCUCUUGGUGUAGAACCUCAGCAGGAGGAACCCAGCACACAGGAGAGUGCAGCAAGAAGACUGGAAGAAUCCAGCACAAAAUUCAACCAUGAUCGGGAAGGUGCAAGAAGCAGGUUAGAGGAGCCCAAUACACCUUUACCCCUGACCCAAGAUGCUUCUCUGUACCAUUUGGAGGAACCCAUUAUAUCUCAAGACGUAGAGCCUCAGCAGGAGGGUGUAGGGGACGUUGUGGAGGAACCUAAACCAUCUCUUCACGUGGAAAAAAGGAAUGAAGCACCAGAGGAAGGAGACCAUAAAGUUGGCUCACACCCAGAAGAUAUUCAGGGAGAGAGCAAUGGAGCAGGCCAAAUCGUUGAGAUUAACCAGACAUUGUCACACAAGGAAGAUGAGGAACAUAAAGACCAAGUAGGACAAGAACCAAUUGCUGAUGUAACAAAUACAUCUUUCCCUGAAAGCCAAAUUCAGAAUGUUUCUCCACGGAGAUUGAAUGCAUUAUGUGAAAACGGUCUUGAGCUUACAAAUGAGGUACAACUUUGUGAACAAAAAGGAUUUGAAGGAAUUAAAAGUGAAGUCUUAACCAACAGUAUACCAGUAAUAAGCACUUCUACUGCUUUGGGGGUUGAGGACUUUCACCUUGAAACCAGUGACUCAAGUAAAAGUUCUGAAGGACUAACAAUAAUUCAGGAAACUGAUGCUGAUGACUUCAGGAAAAACCUAGAUGUUCCAGAGGUGGACAAACAUAUGUCUCUUCCUUUGUCGUUUAAUGGUGAGGAAUCACACAAUGUCUCACAAUGUCCUGAAGCUGACAACACAAAAGUGAAGAAGAUUGCAGCGGUGCAGCCCAUGCCCCAGAAUGUUAAUGUUUGCUUUAAAGUGCACUAUAUCACCUCUAUCUCACAGCAAAUUGCAGUCACCGGUGAUCACGAGGAGCUUGGCUGCUGGAAGGUUUACAUCCCUCUGACAUCGGACAAAGAUGGCUUCUGGACACAUUCUGUCCUACUGCCUAUAGACUCCAGUGUUGAGUGGAAGUUCGUUGUGGUGGAAAAUGGGAAAAUAAAACGCUGGGAGGAGUGCAGUAACAGAAGACUGAAAACUGGACAUGAUGAUGUUAAUGCUCACCAAUGGUGGGGGGUUAUCUCUAACUGACCUCCCUGACACCCUGUGUUACCAAUGUAACUUUGUUCUUUUGCUGACAGACACUUUGAUGGUAAAAAUCACAGUUUAAACAUGAACCGCUCUUAAACAGCAUGCCAAUCAAGGGCAAUGCCAGUUAAUUAUUUGCCAGGGCCAGGCAGGCUAUUUGAAGUUUGUUUACACAUGAAUGAAUAUACCUUUUAGCCCUGUAUUGUGAAAGUUAUAUUUUAGCUCGGGGGCAGUGCUCAUUUUUGAAAGGUGUGGUUUUGCUAUGCAUGAAAUAAAAAGCAGUUGGACACUUUUGAAUAUGUGCAAUAUCAUACUUAAUAACUUUAUUAAAUCAGCUUGUUAUGCCAAUAU